UUUUAGCAAUGAAAAUGGCAGAUUACCAAUCGUCCUUUCCCAUCUAUAGGAAACACUCAUCAUUGCUCCCAACAGUCCUUUUCAACCUCUGAAAACUGAGCUUCCAAGAUUGAUUUUCCCUCCUCCCAUACCUUUCCUUCCUCUUUUCCUCCCAACAAUUUAAAAUAUCACUCUCUAUAUUAACUUUUCCCUCCCUCCUCCUUUUCCCUUCCAGUUACUUCCCUAUGGUGGAUUCUUCUUCCAAAUCUCUCACUGGCUUCUCAACCUCAGAAAACUAAGCUUCUAAGAUUGAUUUCACUUUCCCUCCCCCUUCUCCCUUUUCCCUCUCUAUUUACUUUCUUCCAUAUGAUGGAUCCUUCCUCAACAAACUCUGUCACUGGCUUCUACAAUUUCCUAACCCGGGGAAUCGAUGAUCUCGAACGAGUUUUCCUGUCCAAUAAUUUCAUGUCAAUUCAAUUCCUUCAAAGAAAUUUGUCCCUCUUGAGAUCAUUCCACAAUCAGUUGACCCUUUUGGUUCAAAAACUUCACUUGCCAGUUGGUGAAAAAUGGCUUGAUGAGUACAUGGAUGAAAGUUCCAGGCUCUGGGAUAUUUGUCAUGUCCUUAAAUCUGGAAUUUCAGGCCUGGAAAAUUAUUACUCUGCAGGAUUCAACAUAACUUCUUCCCUCGAUGGCCAUCGACGUUUAAGUCCACAACUUUCGCGUCAGGUUAUUCGAGCAAUAUCAGGAUGUCAAAGAGUGGCUGUGGGAUUGGAGGAGGAGAACAGAUCACUAAUGGAGACAAGAAUUGAGCCACUCUCAUUAAGAUUUGAAGAGAGAGUUUCUGUAGAAUCAAAACUGAAUGGAUUCAACGGAUUCAGGGGAGUUUUAUAUGCAAUGAGAAAUGUGAAUUCAAUUUUACUGAUGAUCUUACUCUACGGCCUAGUUUUCUGCUGGCCGGAGUUGAAUUUUUCAAGAGGAGGAUACGAAGGGUGUUUGUUCUUUGGAUCAUCCUUCAUGAUCUCAACCGCAAGAUUGCAGCAGAGGGUGGCAUCUGAGAUCAAUCAGAUGACGUUCCGUGGCGGGAUUAUGCUACACGAGUUUCGACUAUCCAAGAUUGCCAUGGAUGAGCUGAGGGGAGAAUUGGAGAGGAACUGCUUACAAGGAACUGUAGAUUGGGAAUCAGAAGUUGGAAUAACAGAGAGAAUGGAAAAUUUGAAGAGUUGUUUUGGAGUAUUGAGAAGUGGUACUGAGAAUAUCAUUGGACAACUUGAUGACUUUUUUGAUGAGAUUGUUGAAGGAAGGAAGAAGUUAUUGGAUUUAUGCAGCCAUAGGUAGGGAAUUUAGAAGCUCAAUUCAAACAAGUAGGGGAAUCCAUAGUUGGAUGGUUGUAACUUUUCAUUUUAGUUUCUUUCUUUUCUUCCUUCUAGUUUUAUGCAAUUCCCUUAUCGUUGGCAUGCAGUACUAGAGAGGACUCGACACUAGAGGGGAUAAGAUUUUGCUUCUUCUUCUUCUUUCUUAAUAUGUCCAAUGCUAUCUGAUCCAUGCAUUAUUUGAAAAUAUCAUUGGGCAGUGUAAUCAAUCUUAUGAUGAAUUUGUUGAAGGAAGGAAAAAGCAAUUGGAUUUA